GUGAUGCUGUUGCACGUAUUGAAAUUUUCUCAUUUGUUUUAAUUCCUUAAAGAGUUCGAUCUGGAGGAAGAUAGCUAACAUUAGCUCGUCAAGCUUAGCUUAGAAAUAGUAUAUAUACAUCAUUUGUAACCAACUAAAUUCAAUCAAUGAAAAAUCACAAUUUUCUCAUGCCAAAAAUCUGUCUUUUAAUGUGGUGGAAUUAUAUUGGACUAUUGAUAGGUCAGGUUUGACUUGAACUCGAAAAGAUGAAGUUUGAGGUUUUAGGGUCCUGUCUGUAUAUCAGGUUGCUAAGAGCUUUUCGUGAAAAACAUGGUUCAUUGAGUUAAAAAAAAGUAUGAUGCUAUUGUUUUGACCUUUGUGCUGGGUGCUGACCAGGUUUUGAUCAAAUUAAGGAAACUCAAAAGAAGUAGCCUAACCCUAUAAAUAAGCCUGGGACACCAUCAAAAUCCUAAUAAGCCUAGGAAGUUUUUUUCCCAAGUUCGAUCUAAUCGGCUAAUCCUACUCGGACACCAUUCCUAAUCAAAGAGGGAUAUUUGGAUCUAUUUUCACCUUGAUAUAUUAUAUAAUAUUCUUUAUAAAACCAGGCCAUUGGCAAUCUCUCCAAGUCAAGACUGAAAGCAGGUCGAUCGCCGUUUUACUUCUUUGUAACGUUUCUAAAGAAGUAGGGUUCAUAGUAGCUCGAUUUCUGCCGAAAAGGAGAUCGAUGAUGAUCGAGUCUCUAUUCGCUUGCUUCAAUCCUCGAUGCAAUACGAGCAAGCUUAGGCUGCUAAAGAGAAAAAAAACUCCCAAAGAAAUUAGAGAGAGAGCAGAAGGAGAAUGAAGAUGAUAAGUACAGAAACCAAACCAGUUCUAAUGAAUGUACCUCUUGGCAGCCACCACCUCCUGAUAUCAUGGAGCAAGUUCUGCCGCGUGUCAGAGUAAGUGAUCAAAUAAGGCUAAGCAUUGCCUGCAAGUCUUGGAUGUCAAUCGUUAUGCGUAGAGACAUCCGCAGUGCUUCUCAUGAAUUCCCAUGGUUACUACUCCCUCAAACCCCACAUUGCAGCAACAAGUACGUAAGCUUUGCCAGCGUGUCAGAGGGGAGAGUUGUCAAGUUGAAGCUACCUAAGCAAGUUCGUGGAUGGUGGAUUUAUGGGUCUUCUAAAGGUUGGUUGAUCAUGAUCAAGGAAAGAGGUCUAAAUUCCAAGAUGUGUCUACUUAACCCAAUUUCAGGAGCCCUACUCCAACUUCCACCCUUGAGAACACUUCCUUUUCUGAAAGAUUUUGUGAAAACCGAGGCCUGGAAACUUUUUGGUGCCAAUGCAUUCGACUUAAGCAUUGCACUAUCAACCUCUGAUGGAAUUGCUUUAGAUUCAAAGCGUUGUACGGUAGCAGCAGUUUUUAAUGAUAAGUCGAAAUUGAGUUUGUGCAGACCUGGAGACAGAACAUGGAGUGACUUUCAAGUAUUAGAUACUAAUCAAAACGACUGGAUUGCUGAUUUAUUGUUUUCUUCCGGCAGUCUAUAUGUUUUGGUUCGUGGUGGUCAAAAGGAAAGCUUUGUAGACUCAGUUACUCAAACCUUGAACUUUAGCUUUGGAGAUGCAGAAAAUUUGAAAAUGAAGUUGGUCUACGACAAGCAUGAAAACAGGAACGUGAACGUUAAUGAAUGUCAUAGUGACUAUAAGAUCGUUUACAAUGCAUUAUACUUCUCAAGAUUGUUAGAAUCAACCAGCAAUGAAGUCUUAUUGAUCCAUCAAAUGGUAGAUUAUGCAUGUAGUGGGAAGAAGAGAGGAUAUUAUUGGUGACAAUAAUGAGAAUAAUGGAG